AAAAUGUCCAGGCGGAGGAGAGCAACAUAGUCUGCUCCUAGUUUCCACCAAACUUCAGACUCCAAUCAUCCUCUAGAAUAGAGUGAUAGACAAAGGACAUGGAGGUGGUGAACGGGACAGCACGUGAACCGGGAGCGAGUGGUGAGGGAGUCACGGCAGAGAGUGACCCUGAGCCCAGGACGCCCUCCAAGGAGGAGGAACCCCUCAAGUCCCUCUCCUCUGCUACAUCUGCCAUGCCUGAUAACAUGACCCUUGUGGACACCGGCCACAAGGAGGCAGUGGAGCACCCAGACCUCCCAAAAGAAGCCGCAAGUGCACCACAUCUCCCAGGCCAUCAGAUCGAUCCACCCAAUGGCCCAGUUGCCACCACGAUUGAUCCAUCCAAUGGCUUAGUGGCCAGCAAGAUGGAUCCAUCCAAUGACCUCGCUGCCUCCAUCAAGACUACACCAUCUGAACCCACUAAACAGAAGAGGGAAGACGGUGUUUCAUCUCCAAAAGAGACCACGCAAGAUCCAAAUGCAGCUCCCACUGUGACGAGAGAUGCAGGGGCAACUGGCAUCAGUACGGUUGUGAGGAAGAAUAUUCCCCCCAAGAGGGACCGAAUGGAGCCGCUGAAGUUGGACAUGACAAAGCCCACAGUGAUGCCUCUCACGUCCUCCCAGCUGUCUCUGCAGUGUCUGGAGUGCCACAUCAUCUUCAGCGAUGACAAGAGCAAACGCCGCCACCUGAAGAUGAGCCACCCGGCCGAGUAUGAGCAGUGCAUGCUGGGAGACGCCCUUUUCGCCUGCUACGUCUGCGAUCGGCACUUCGCCAACUCUACCGAUCUCAUGGCCCACCAGCGCACACACGCAGAGAGGAAGCCCUUCACUUGCAUCCUGUGUGGAGAGGCCUUUAAGAGGCUUUCACACCUUACUGUGCACAAGAAGGUGCACUGUACCAGCGAGGGGUACACAUGCUCGGACUGCGGCAGGUCCUUUAAGACCCUGACGCUGCUGAAGUACCAUAGUCGAACUCACACUGGAGAGAAGCCAUACGUGUGUAAGGAGUGUGGAAAGAGGUUCAUGAUGCCGAAAGCGCUGCAGAAACACCUGCAGACUCACAACCAGGAUGAAGGCGAGGAGAACAGUGAUAAGGCCAUCCUUGCUCCAAAGCCAAAGAAACAGAAGAGCGAACCAUCAGAAAGGAAAUUCCCUUGUCCUCAUUGCAAAGCCCGGUUCAAAACCGAGAAGACCCGACAUCAUCACAUAAAGCGCAAACAUGUAGCGAACAGAAAUGCGCCUGCCUGCCGCGCCCUUGCCACACAGCUCUUUCAAAACCAAGGACCCCCUCUGCUGACGCACGCCGCAAUAGGUCAGUCACAAGUGCUGCGAUUAGACUCUGGAGGACAGGCGCCCCAAUGCAUAGAGCCAGAACAGAUCAAGAGGCUGAUCGAGUCGCUCGGAAAUGUUCAGAAGGUUAAUCAGAUGGUCAUAUACGGAUUAGAGCCGGUGCCGCAUCAGUUGCAAACGGUGAACCUUCAGCCAGUGCCAGGCGUUGUUCAACCCAUCAGGUUUGACCUGACACAGACGGGGUCCUCGAAGCUGGUGGCGGAUGGCAUUAAGACCUUAAAUUCAGAGCAAGCCGAGCAACAGGUUAACCUCACCACCCCACCAACGUUAAAUGGGGGAGUAGGCUCGUCAGCUGAGAAUACUCAAUCAAGUGAACAAACCCCGGGCCAUACAAGGACUUCAACAGGGGAGUUCCAACAAAUUCCUGUUGGUGAAGAAAUGGCGGUCACAAUGGAAGAAACUUGUGCAGCAGUGAAAACAAUAUGUGAAUCCAUGUCUAUCAAUGAGGCUGAUGAGAUGACAUCCGGGUCCAAAAGUGAUGAGACUCUACUGGAAAUUGGGAAAAAUCAGACACUUCAAUUGCAACACCCAUCCUCCUUGACUCCAACUAAUGAACUUGAGGCUGACAGUGGUGUCUCUAGAGUGUUUCUUCCGGAAGAGGAAGUACAAAUGCAGAGUAUGACUCUGAGUGAUGCCUUUUCCCUGGUGGCCACAGACAGUUCACAGCAGACUGAGGGACAAGUAGUUAACCUAACACCAGAGGGAACGCAGAGCAGUACUUUAGCGCGAGUAACCAGUGAAAAGAAAUCAAAGAAAAAGGCAGGCACCAUUGUUCCCGAACAGAAAGUUGGCCAACCACAUCUGGGAACUUUUGUUCAACCAAAGGACCAUAUGGGACACGCAGCACAAAAAACAAGUCAGUCUAACUCAGAGGUACAUGCUAGUGAGGAGACAUCAGGUCAAACUCUGCCACCGCCCCAUGAAUCAAAUGAAGGUGGAGUGACCACCAAUGUGGCUAAACCGUUGAAGGCAAAGAAGGGUAGACCCGCUAAGAAAAAAAGCAACAAAACACAAGCUAAAAAGUCAGUUCACAGUGCCUUAUUAAAACAGAAAAAUGACAUCCACAACACACAACAGAGAAACACAGCACCACAUCCUCCUUUACAGGUGUUAACAUUUGCAACCCAAGAAGAAACACAAACGAAAGGUCAUGUUCUAGUAAAGUUUGGUCUUGGAGGCAAAAACGAAAAACUGUCCAAAAAAGAUGGGUCGAACAAAACAUCGAAGAAAGGGAAAGAUAGCAAACUGCAAGAGAAAGAGCUGCACCAACAGUCACAGAAGGGGGAAGAAGGAAAAGGCAAAACAUUCAAAACACACGAAAAGAAGAAAACUCCUGCAGACAUACUCAACAAACCACAGAAUCAAAAGCAAAAUGGCAUACAUCUAGAAGAAGUGAAAUCCAAAGUCAAGUCAAGAAAAAGAAAAUCAAAAACUCAAAGUAAGGACAAUAAAGGUAUGGCAGUGAAAGAGGGGACCAUUGCACCUUCACCUAAAAAGAAGAAACGGGAACAAAUAAUAAUGCCCAAAUCUAUUGAACUGACUUCAGAAGUAGAGGUCACUAAGGAAAACAACUUCAAACAGGAUAGCAAAGGGGUUAUCCCAACUGCUGUACCCCCAGAUCAAAUCAAGUCAGAUGUCCUGCUUUUACUUAAAGGACACAAACAGCCACAGUUAAAGGUUCAUAAACUGGAUGCCCCACAAAAUGUGUCACAGUCUGAACAAGUGCCCUCACAUACCACCUCAGACCCAAUGACGCUCAUUGAGGAAACUACGACAGCUUGUGUGAAACAAACUGAUGAUCGUAAAAAGACAAGUGGCGUGUCAAAAAAUCUGAAAAGGCAAUCCUCAACUGAUCAUCUCGGGUCAUCUGUGCGUAAAAAGGCAAAGGUAGGUCGAAAGAAGAAGCCCACAAACCCUGCGGUGGCAGCCUCUCCUUCCUUGGUUUGUGAUGACACCAGCAAGUAUUCAGAAGAGCCAGUCUCUCGGGAGCCCAAUUCCUGUGAACCACAGAAAGAGUUUGUCGGUCAUGAUACUAGCACACCUGUGAGAACACCUUUAACAAAAGAAAUGACACCCAGUAAUUUAGUUAGCCCUAAAACAUUCGAGCUGCAGGUUACAUCAGACUGGGAUGCUGAAAUGGAGAUGAGGGAGUUGGGUCUCGGGGACAGGGAGGACCAAAGGGUCUCUUUUCCAGCCCUCAAUCCUUCUCCCUCACUUCCUCAUGUGCCCGCCUUAGCAGAAGGUGAACAGGAGGAGGUUAGAAAAGAUGGCAACAGUUGUAUGACUGGGGACUCUUUAGAAGCAGUCCCCUCUCUAGCUGAAGGGAUGAAAGCGUUGCAGUCUGUCACUUGUCCAGAAUCAACUCGAGUGCAUCAGACCCCUUCCCAGUGGUCCUCUACAUCUUUGUCAGAGUCAACUCAUGUGACUGCCCCUAAGGACCAAAGUGCAACAGCAGUCUCAUCUGCUAAAGGCAAGAAUAAUAAAAGAAGAAAAACAAAGAAAAAGCAUUCAGAGACUGGUGACAAAAUGUCCAAAAUACAGGAUUCAUCUGACACCAUUCAGACCCCUUGUGAACCAGACAAGGUUGUAGAAGAAGACUCGAAAGAAGACUUGCCUUUAGAUGUUAAUUUGGUUACUGUGGAAGAGGAGACUCGACCUAUCACCCCUCACGACGAGGAACCACCAGAAAGCCCUCAAAAAGAUGUUCUGAUAGUUAAUGAUGGUCAGUCUAAGUUAAGCUCUCAAGAUGACAAUGAUAAUUCAUUGCAAAGAACCUCUUCAGAGAACGAUUCUUCAAACCCUCCUCAGAUAAAGGAGGAGGAUGCAGAAAAGGAGGUGCAUGCUGAGGAGAGAAAAUGCCAACCAGAGUCCAACCGAAGCAGUACAGCGAGGGGUAGAAAGAAGGGGGGAGGAGGAAGAGGCAGAAGAGGCAACAGCAAAAAGAGGAACACUGGAAACAGAUCAUCAACAGAACAUGAACCCCUCAUUAAUGACAAAGAUGAGUGCCGGAUAGUCUACCAGCUGUACCCAGUGGCGGGUGACUCUGGCGUCACCAAAUCACUGGAAGGAAAGGGGGCUCAGGUUUGUCCUGAUCCUCCAAGAUGGUCUGACCAGGCAGAAUCGCAAGUGGACAAUUCUGAAGAGCAGGUGGUGUUUGAACUGGAGUCAGUCACCACAAGUGUUGUGGACAUGGUGAAGUCUGAAGCAGAGCUAGAAGGUCAAGACCGAACAGAAGGAAGCUCGCCAGGCCUUCUUCUGGAAAAGUUCCUCACGUCACGAGGAAACGGGAGCGGUGAAUCGGCAGCAUGUGGCCAGGUGGUGGCAGAUUCUACAAAUACACAAAUUAGCGGGGACAUCAGGGCUUCCACACUGCCUACCAUUGGACAGCCAGGGGCAAUACGCAUUAAGGAAGAGGAGAUGUCACAGCCUGUGAUGCCGCCAGUUCUUUUGCCCGAGGCUGCUGAUACAAGGGGUCCUCUAAUAAGCAACCCCCUCCCUGUUGAGCAGCAGCAGCAGGGUGUGCAAAUGUUUGUGGUGAAGGAGGAGGACCCGCUCAUUUUGAAUGACCCCCAAGGCAGCCAAGACUCCCAACUUGGCAAAAGGAAGGAUGGGUCUCUCUCUAAUAGCGGUGCAUUGGCAGCGUCUGAGUCACCUGUUGAGCUAGAGAGGAACAUGUCUGGAAGUCAGCUCGGGAUGGUAGCCUCACCAAUUCAUCAACCCAGUGCCAAGCAGUGUAUUUUCUUUCCAGUCAAAGAAGAGGACAGAGAAUUGGUGUUGGAUUCUCCAUCUAGAAGCGAAAGUCAGAACAACUCCAGCUUGGAGGAAUGCGAUGACAUCUGUGAAAUAUCCCAACCUGAUGCACAGUGUGUCGACAGUGGCUUUAUUGAUGAAGAUGAGAGAGGAGGUGACGAGCACAGCACUGCAGACCUUGUAGAAUUCCUCUCGCAGAGUUCUGACACAGACAACAGUGAAUUCUUUGAUAACGACCCAGUGUCAGAAACUCUUGCUUUAGCCUGUUACCAUGGCAACAGAAGCAGUGGUUCUGCAAACCUGCCAGCCGGAUCAAGCAAUCUGCCUGGUGACAGAACAAGCCAGCUCUCCCAGAAUGAUGGCAGUAGUUCACAGGGUUGCCAAAGGAAACCAAUCGACUACUUCACCCAGUAUUUCAACUGGAAGACAUGGCAGGAUGUUGCCAAUGUCACUGCUAAAACGAGCAAAAUGCCAAUCGCAGUCACAGCCAAAGAGGUCUCUCAAUUUGUUGGAAUCCACAUUGCCAUGGGCUCAUUGCAAUUUCCUAGCACAAAGCUGUAUUGGGAUGAGUUCACCAGAGUGCCCCUUAUUGCUGAUGCCAUGCCUUUGUCCCGAUUCCUGGAGCUCCUGUCCAAACUGAGAUUUGCAGCAGCAGAAGAACGAGGCCCUGCAAGGGCUCAGGGGAGUGGCAACAACACCACCGCUACAGAAACAUGCAGCACGCAGCCUGACCCACUGCACAGGGUGCGCACAUUGGUGGAAAAAGUUCAAAGAGGGUGUAGAAAUCUGAAACGUGAGGGGAACCACGGGGUCAGCCAGUACCCUCUGGAGUUACUGAGGUCCACCACGGCCAAGUCUCCCUAUUCACUGCAUCACACUGUGAUGUUGAGCACCGCUGGCCUGGUGGUGGACUUCAACUUAGGCCUGGAUGACUCUGACAGAGAGGACACUGUUAAGAAAAUGGUCCUGUCGGGUGACAAGAGCACAGAUGGCAUGGUGUUCCUUUGCAAGCCCGAGCUGUCCAUCCCCUCUAUGCUGGAGCAGCUGUUGGAUGCAGGGGUGCAAAGUGCUGGUAAGGUCGGCGGGGCAAGGGGACAAGUGGGUGACGAGUUUGUGAGCUCGGACGGCAAGCUGAAGUUGUUCCGCUGCCAUCACGGCUUUAUCCUCUCGGCGGCCGCCAAGGGACGGUCCCGUUCCACGUCCCUGGUCAGUGGCUUCGAGCGGGCAAUGCGAGCGGCUAAGCUGAACAGAGAUUUGCGCAGCUCUUACCGCACGCCUUGCCUGGCCACAUCCCCUGGGGCCUGGCCGCUGUCCGUUCUGUGGCACCUUGCGGAUCUCGCUCUGGUGAACUCGUGGCUGGAGCACCGGAGCGACCACAAUUCAAAACAAGCACCUUUGUCCCUCCUGGCAUUCCGACUUGAAGUCUCCAAAGCGCUGAUAAUGUCCAGCAGUGCUGACGCCCAGGACGCGACCCCUCCCCAGCCACCUGCACCACAGAGACCAGAACAAGGCUCCUUUCCAGGGUCCCCCUCCAUUUUGGAGGCCCCACUUCCGGACACAGCCGUUCGCUAUGAUGGCCUAGGCCACUGGCCAGAGCAAGUUGCCCAGGGGGAGGGAGCGAGGUGUAGAUUUGGAGGGUGUGAGAGGACGUCACAGGUGCGCUGCCUGAAGUGUUGUGUUUUUCUGUGCAUCUCACGCCACCACAACUGUUUUUUAAAAUUCCACAGCCAAGGGGCUGUAUGAUUUCAUUGAAUUGAGUGUGUGUAUAUGAAUGUAAAUUAAACCGCACAUGUCGGGUUACUUUAUUUAUCUUUUGUUUUUUGUUUCAAUUGUUGUUAAGAAAUUUAUGGGAACUCAGCUGUGAAUUAAAUGGAAUAAUGUGUUGUUUGUUUGCAUUAUGUAUGAAUUGAAUCAAUUACUUUAUUUUUUGUUAACUGCCAGUUCUUCCAUUAAUUAUUUAUAUUUUUGUAUUCGUUACUGGACUGGUACAGUGGUCAUAGGGCCUGAAUGUCUUUGAAUGUUGAUAAAGAAAUGCUGCCCUUGUGGCGCUCUGCUCUAAAAUGUUCUGAAACAUUUGUAGACUCUUUAAUAUAUUUAAAUUGAAAAUAAACUUUGUCUUUACAUGCUUUAAA